UGGGACUGAGGGAGAAAGAAGAUGGAUGGGUGAGAAAGAGUAGAUGAAGGAUUGCUGGGUAGAUAGAAAAAGCCUGGGUGGAUGGGUGGAUGGCUGGAUGGAUUUUUGGACCAGUGGAUGGACGAGACAGCUGCCAAGAUGGCCACUGCCUCACCCCACAGGAAGAACAGGCCAACUCCAACCUGGCCAAGUUCCGCAAGGUACAGCACGAGCUGGAUGAGGCAGAGGAACGUGCUGACAUGGCUGAGUCCCAGGUUAACAAGCUGCGGGCACGGAGCCGUGACAUUGGCGCGAAGAAGGGACUCAAUGAGGAAUGAAAGCUCCAGAUGCUCUGCCUUCCAGCCCCGACCUCUGACCAAUUCCUUUUGGAUCUCUCAACUCUCCUGCUUUUAGCCAAUAAAAAUUGUUGAGCAGCAGCA